ACGUUCGAAUGUUACGAUGGAAACUCCUGAUAAACAAAUGGUAAAACCACGCAGGUCGUCAGAAAAUCUUGAAGAUGCCAUGAAAGCGGGCUGGAAGUUGUGUUCUUGUCCUGGAAUUACGUCCAUCAGAAGUUCUGACAAGACGACAUUGUCAUGGGAUGUGCGCCAAGCUUCGCCAUAGUCAUAGACCCCGUCAGAUUUGAAAGAGAAAGCCUGUACAAUGCGGCAGGUGUGUGCGCUCUACCCGAGAAGAGAAAAGCGCCCCCUACCGCUUCAGAAAAAGCGUGCACGACUCACUGUUCUGACCUCCUCGCCGAGAGACUGGCGAUCAAGGAGGCCAGGAUGUUAUUUGAGACAGAUACGAAUUAUAAAGAGUUGAUGGAACAGUACCCAAAGUGGACCGAGGACGAUAUCAACGCCUUCAGAAUGCAGUUUAAGUCCUUUGAUCUCAAUCAGGAUGGCCUAAUUGACUACAGAGAACUGUGCCAGGUACUUGACGAGAUGGGCGACGAGUCGAAAGAAGAGGUCAGACGAGAGUACUUCAAACAAGUGGAUGUAGACGGGUCGGGGGCGGUCGAUUUUGAGGAAUUUCUAGUGUUGAUUGACCAGGUCACAAACAGUGACAACUCGGGCGGCCUGGGCAUGAUGUGCUCCAGAGGAACGGAAAGCGUUCGCAAACUGCGCAGACUCACGUUUGAACAGCAGCUCAACUACGGGCUUUUCUGACACAAGAAACUGAUCUCUAUCUUAGUGAACUGAAAACAUUAAAUGCCUGGUUGUUGGGUGGGCGAGUGAUAGUACGGCUUAUUUCGGUGUGGCGAUGUCCUAUAGUGCAUAUAUUUUUAUUAGUCAUUUUACUUUCCAUGAAACAUGAUGAUGUGUAUGUAUGUGUUACGAAACCGACAGUCGAAACUGCGACAUUAUGUGGCAUGGAUUGACCCUAUGACGUCAUUUUAUUCUCACCUACUGAUUGGCCAGAAAACAUGAAAACGCGAUGAUGUUUUGAAGCUAGUUUUGUUAUGAUCCAUUCCAUACCCAUAAGACUCAUUUAUGUGUGUGCCUUUUUUUGCAUUUUAGGGCUCAUUUUUUACAAAGCCGUCCUUUGACUUUUAAGAGUCGACGUAUAAUAUUUCACGUCGGUUCUACUAUUUAAAGAAUAAAAAC